GUGACUUUUCUCUUUCUUUCUCUCAUUUUAAUUUGUCUGAAAACACUAGCAUGAGGUCUACUACCAUUUUCCUAAAACAUUAUAUAAAAAACAACAUAUGAACAUGACUUUGCAACCAAAAGAGACUAAGUGAGCAUAGCACUUAGCAGAGGAGAGGAGAGAAUUGUGCCUGCACUGUUGUACUGACCAAAAUGAAGAAGCAGGGUUGUGAAGAAUCACUUCCAGAAAGAAGUCCAAGCCACUUAUCCUCAGAAUGCUGGUUCGACGAUGCAUGCAUACUUGACAUGGAUUACUUCGUGAAGACACUCUCAGGCAUCAAACAGAAAGGUGUUCGUGCUGACUUGGUUGGUUCCAUCAUCACUCACUACGCUUCAAAAUGGCUCCCAGACAUCUCUUCAGCUGAAAAUGGCCUCACACAACAGCAGUUUGAGUCGUCCACAGCAUCACCUGAAUCUGUGACAGCAUCAUGGAUGAAGAAGAGGUUCUUCGUGGAAACCUUGGUUGGUGUUCUGCCUCCUGAGAAGGACUCCAUCCCCUGCAACUUCCUCCUCCGUCUUCUCCGAGUCGCCAACAUGGUUGGUGUUGAGGCCUCUUACCGGCAAGAGCUCGAGAAGCGCAUAUCGUGGCAGCUAGACCAGGCUGCAAUCAAUGAGCUCAUGAUUCCCUCUUUCAGUCACACUUGUGGGACACUCCUUGAUGUUGAGCUUGUCAUAAGGUUGGUGAAGAGAUUUGUGAGCUUGGACCAUGAAGGAGCUAAAACUGGUGCUGCUUUGGUUAAGGUGGCUAAGCUUGUUGAUUGCUACCUUGCUGAGGCUGCUAUGGAUGCCAAUUUGAGCUUAUCUGAGUUUGUUGCACUUGCUGGAGCUCUUCCAAGCCAUGCAAGAGCUACUGAUGAUGGAUUGUAUAGAGCCAUUGACACUUAUCUAAAAGCACAUCCAAGCGUGUCAAAGCAAGAAAGGAAAGGACUAUGUAAGCUGAUUGAUAGCCGGAAAUUGACGCCAGAGGCCUCACUUCAUGCAGCUCAAAAUGAAAGGUUUCCAGUAAGAGCUGUCAUUCAGGUGCUCUUCUCUGAACAAACCAAACUCAAUCGCCACAUGGAUUGGAGUAGCUCUUUCAGCAGCUUGAGGAGCCCGAAUGGCAGGUUCGACCAGCCGACACGGUGUCUUUCAAAGCGUGAAAUGAAUGUUCAGCAGAUGGAGAUAAAGAAGCUGAAGGAAGAGGUUUACAGGCUGCAAAGCCAGUGCAAUGCCAUGCAAAUGCAGAUGGAGAGGAUGUCAGAGAAGAAGAGUGGAAGAAGCUUCUUCAAAUGGAAGAAGCUUGGGAUGGCAGCGUUUAGUAAAGGCACGGGAGAGGUGGAGGAUGACCAGGAAGAGGGUGAAAGGGAAGUUGGGUUUGGAAGGCAAACGCCUAUGGACAUGAAAUCUGGGCUGGUCAAAUGUAGGACUCCCCACAAGUUGAGGAAAUCUAUGUCCUGAGAUCUGAGAAAUAAUGUAAGAUAAGCCCUGUAGUAUAUGGAAUAAAUUCAAUAAAGAUGUGCUAUACCUAAGUGGAUGUGAAAAAUUAAGAGUGGAGAUGUAAAGAUUUGAUUUCCAGGAUGAACGUAUAAUAAAAAU